ACGCACUCGAACAACCCCAACAUUGGCUGUAUAAAUACAUUAAAACGCUCGAAUACGGUCAAUAAUCGCUCGGGGCCAUAAAUGUUCGAACAAUCUGUUAGGACAGAGAAGGUGUUUCAGACAGAGAUAACGGACAUUAGUGAUUUCAGAGAGAGGGAACCUGAGAAGAAGUUUGCCUGUUCUAUACACAGGGAGUUGCACUGCGAAGAAAAGGACGAAGAAGCCGUUUUCCGAUCUGGAAUGAGACUUGCCGGGAAAUGUAGUGCCGUUGAAGGCAGUAAUGAGGGUGAGAGUACUAGUGGUGGCUGCAGCGGUGACGCCCUCUUCGGAGGGGGGAGAGGAUUGGUGGCCGUAGUGGGGGUGAAAUUGGAUUCGGGGAGUAAGGAACUAUUGACUUGGGUUCUCGUUAAAAUUGCCCAGCCUGGAGAUAGCGUCAUUGCUCUGCAUAUCUUCAAUCCUGAUAGCGAUAAGUCGGAGAUGCUCUCACUGGUGAAGACUCUUGACUCAAUGAUGGCCGCUUAUGAAGGCUUCUGCAACUUAAAACAGGUUAAUCUUAAGUUCAAGGUGUGUAGAGGGUCUCCAGCUCGUAAGGUUCUGGCUAGUGAGGCAAUUAUCUACAAAGCACCAAUUUUGGUUGUUGGUACUUCAAGCACCCAUCAUAGUAUUAGAUCAUCGGUUUCACUUGCAAAGUACUGUGCCAGGAAGGUCGGGAAGAGCAUCUCUGUUAUUGCUGUCAAUAAUGGUAAGGUUGUCUUUCACAGAGUAGCAACUACUUCUAUUGGCCAGGGAUCACACAUGUUUGAUGUGCUUGAAUUGAGUUCGAAGAGUAAGACCUUGACUAAAAGUCCUUUGAGUUUCCCUCCAAAGGCAGAUCCAGAGGACAGUUCUUUCACACAGCUACCAUCGUCAAAUAGUGGCAAAGUGUGUACUUCUCUAGCCUUGGUACCUUAUAAGACAAUGGAUGUGCGAGACCCAAAUUCAGGAUCAGCAUUGCUCAGAAAAGUAUUUCACCAGAACACAAAAUCUGGUAAGCGUUCUGCAAAAACGUCUUCUGAAUUGCAGUGGGUUAGAGAAAUACAAUGUGAACAAUCUCUCAGAGUUACCCACCUUGUGGAUGAUAAACAAAGUGUAUAUGAUGAGGAGUAUCUUCCUUCGAACUCGAAUGUUGUAGAAGGUUCAAAUGAGAGCUCCAGCUUUCAAAUUCACAAGGAAGUAGAGUGCCUUUCCGAGAAGUAUUCACAAAGAUGCAGGCUGUUUGGUUACCAGGAACUUCUGACAGCAACUUCUAAUUUUCUGAAUGAAAAUUUAAUUGGAAAAGGUGGCAGCAGCAAGGUAUACAAAGGGUGUCUUCCAGAUGGGAUGGAGUUUGCAGUGAAGAUUUUUAAGCCAUCAGAAGUUGUAGUAAAACAAUUUUGUUCAGAAAUAGAGAUUAUUACAGGCUUGCAUCACAGACACAUUAUUUCACUUCUUGGGUUUUGCAUUGAAGACAAUAACCUUCUGUUAGUUUAUGAUCUUUUAACCCGAGGAAGCCUUGAAGAUAAUCUCCACGGUACUCAAAACAUUGGGAAGUUAUUUGGUUGGCACGAGAGAUACAAGGUUGCAUUAGGGGUCGCUGAGGCAUUGGAACAUCUGCAUAAUUCAGCGUCAAUCAUUCACAGGGAUGUAAAAUCUUCAAACAUUCUUCUCUCAUAUGAUUUUGAAAAGCUAUCAGAUUUUGGGCUUGCAACAUUAGCUUCUGUUUCUUCAUGUGAUUUAGAUGGCACUGACAUUGCUGGUACAUUUGGCUACAUGGCUCCAGAAUAUUUUAUGCAUGGAAAAAUUAAUGAAAAGGUUGAUGUCUAUGCAUUCGGUGUGGUACUUCUUGAACUUUUAUCUGGUAGAAAGCCGAUUGACCAUACAAAUUCCAAGGGCCAGGAGAGUUUGGUUAUAUGGGCAAAGCAAACACUGAAGGACGGGAAACCUACUGAUUUACUUGAUUUAAGCCUGCUUGAAACAUAUGAGCGUGAUGAGUUUGAGAGGAUGGUAUUAGCUGCCACCCUUAGUAUCAAACGGGCACCCAGACUCCGUCCUCCAAUUGACAUAGUUGUAAAGCUCCUUCAAGGCGAAGAAGAGGCCAUUGAUUGGGCGAGGCAACAGGUGAACGGAUCAGAGGAAGUAGAUGCAGAUGAUGAACAACAGCCCCCUCCAGCAAACAUACAAUCCUUUAUUAACCUUGCCUUGCAAAAUUUGGAUAGUGAUUCCCUAUCAAGUUGUAGUUCUGAUCAAAACAUAUCUGUAGAGGAUUACUUGUGUGGCAGAUAUAGCCGUUCCUCAAGCUUCGAAUAAUUAUUCUUGUCAUAGCAGACCUUCUCAUGGCUCCUGAAACAUGUCUAUAUCUAUGGAGAAGAGAGGCAACUAACAAGCCACAUGAAAUUCCGUAUUGUAGCAUUUAUAGUUUUAUACUUACAUAUUGUAGCAUUUAUACAGGAAGAUGUAAUAGUUAACACUUAACAGUUUCACAUUAUGUUAAAAUAAAGCAAUCAAUAGCAACAUAUAAUCUUUAGCAG